UUCGCGUUGUUUCGGCGCAGUUCGGGCUGCGCUUCGGUUCGUUUCACAUCAGUUUAGAUCAGCUGAGGCUUAGUCUUAAUAGAAUCUCAGCACGAGAACAACGACCCUCGCGGCCGUCUUGUCAUCAGAGACAGAGACAUGGACUUUGACAAGAUUUUGGAGAAAUGCGGAAAUGCGGGUCGCUAUCAGUACCUCAUGAUACUGCUGCUCGGCUACAUAGCCUUCACCACCACAGUGCAUUAUUACUCACAGAACAUCAUUGGGUUUGUGCCGCAGCAUUGGUGCUACCACGAACAGCUGGCGAAUCGCAGCUUCGAGGAGAUCGCAGCCAUCUAUGCGCCCUUUGGCAAAGAUGCCGCCUGCACGCGGCUGGAGACGAUCGAGGGCAACAAUCUGACAGUGAGCACCAAGGCCUGUCAGCGCUGGAUAUAUAACUACGACUUUGGAUUCAGGAGCAUGAAUGCUGAGCUUAACUGGGUCUGCGAUGACGCCUACAAGGCACGCAUCGGCCAGUCGCUGUUCUUUCUGGGCUCCCUCAUGGGCACCUUCACCUUUGGCAUGCUCGGCGAUAGGAUUGGGCGAGUGCGUGCCGUUAUUCUGGCCAACCAGUGCGGUUUUGUGGGCGACUUUCUUACCACCUAUGCCUCGAAUCUGGUGCAGUUUGCCAUCUUUCGGUGCAUUUCGGGUCUCGCGGCCACAGCGAAUUAUUAUCUGAUGUUUAUUCUGGUGCUGGAAUACUUGGCACCCAAGCUAAGGAAUUUGGCCAUUAGCGGAACGCUGGGCAUAUGCUUCUGCCUGGGCGCUUUGGUGGCACCUUGGCUAUCGGUGCUGGCCGGCAACUGGCGCAUCUACUUGACCUGCUCGGCCCUGCUGCAGCUGGUGGUGGCCCUCUUCUACUUUGUGGUGCAGGAGAGCGCCCAGUGGCUGAUUACGCGCACCAAUGUGGAGGGCGCCAUUGCCAGGCUGAAGCACAUUGCCCACUUCAAUGGCCGAGAAGUGGCGGCAGCGGAUUUCGAGGCAUUCCGCAGAAACUGCAUAGCCAAGCGGAAGCUAUCGAAUCAGCCGGAGCAGACGGCUGGCAUCAUUGACCUGCUGCGAACUCCCAAUCUGCGAAAGAUUUCGUUGCUGGUGGUGCUGAUAUUCAUGCUGACUUCGCUGAGCUUCAACACCAUUUCCCGCAAUGUGGAGGGAUUGGGUAUGUCGCCCUUUGUGGUCUUCUCGCUGUUUGCUGUCGUCGUGCCGCCAUCGGGCUUCAUCCAAGGGCUCCUGCAGAGUCGUGUGGGUCGCAAGGCCACCGCCUUUCUGGCCAUGCUCUGCACGGGACUGCUGUCCUGCGCCCUAGGCGUGGCUCUGUCCACGGAGGGAGCACAGAGCAGUGUGACCCUGCUGCUGGCCUUUGCCCUGCCCAUGCGGCUGGGCAUCUCCCUGUGCUACACAGUGACCUCCCAGUAUGCCUCCGAGCUGCUGCCCACCUGUGUCCGAUCGCGUGGCAUUGCUGCAGUGCAUCUGGCUGCCGCGGGUGCCUCCUUUCUAUCGCCCUACCUCAUACAUUUGAGCAGCAAGCUAGCAGCGGCCACGUCCCUGAUCCUGGCGCUGCUUCUGCUGACUGCCGCCUUUUGCACGCUUAUGCUGCCGGAGACGAACAACAGACAGCUUCCCAUCACAUUGGCGGAUGGCGAGGCCUUUGGCAAGGACGAGUCCAUGCUCUCGUUCGAUUGCUGGCGGCCCCACGAUGACGAUGUGUCCAAGCAGCCCGCCGAAGAGCUGAAGCUGCAUCCGAUCAAUGGCCAACACGCCGCCAAGUCUGAAACGGAGGCUGAAGUGUAGUCAGUGGCUGAUGUGAUUUCCCCCCCCAAUAGGUAUUAGAGACAGAGACACACGAGAGGAUUGUCAGUAGAUGUGAAUUUUGCUUUAUUUGAUUGAUUUCAUUGCGGUUCACAAUUUCUAACACAAUUUUUACUUGGAGCGAGAGUCCGGUCCGGUGCGGUCCGGGGCGUAUUGAGCCAAUUUCUUGAGCUCAUUAUUAUUAAAUUUUCUUGUAUCGUGUAUCGUCGGUAUUUUUUUUGUCGCAUGUAUUAAGUACUUACUUGUAAGUAAAAGGUUCAUAAGUAUAUUUUAUCUUUGUAAAUGGUUAUGUAAACUCUUGUAAUUAUGCAACGCUUAAAUGCCAUAAAAAUAACGGCUUUUGUAUGUGUAUCUGGUGUGUGUGUGUGUGUGUGUAGGUGUAUUUUGCUUAGGGCAAUAGAAAGUCUUACCAAUUGUUAGCAUAACUAGAGAAUUGCCUGGAAAAAUAGCAACCGAAAAACUCUCCGAACCGAAUUAAAUGCUUAAAAUCUAAGUGUGAAAAUUUAGAGUUAGCAUCACACAGUCGCUGGUAGUUGCCCGGAUACUUAAUUUGGAUUGGAUUAUUGCUUGAAAGACAUUUUUUAAUCAGUUAAUCAGUUGAGGUAGAACUCAGGAAAUCUCUUAGUUUCAUAUGUAUAAGAUUUAGUGGUAAAGUUAACUAACUAUUGGAUGUAAAACGAUUGUUCUCAGGGCAGUACGUAUGUAUGUAGGAUAGAUCAGGUUGAGCUGUGAAACAGAAUAUGUAUGUGGUAGACGGGUACACGGGUUGGCUACUUAAUAUGAAGGCAACUGCAGCGAUUAAUCAGUAUCUAUGUGUAUAUAUGUGUAUCUGUGUGUGUGUGUGUGUGUGUGCGUAUCUUAUGUGUGUACUCGCUAACAAAAGUUCUCUACUUUAACGCAACAUGUAUAUUUUUUUUGGGGGGCGUGGCUCAUCGGCCUAUACGUGUAUGCACAAUCGAAUUCCGUGCUCAUACUCAAAUAUUUGUUAAUCGUUUUGUCUGUUUUUGUUUCACUGAGCAAUUCUGGCGAUUGCUAACAAAU